AUGGAAUCCCAGCGAAUAUUGUCUUCUCCGUCGAACGGUGAUGACACGGAAACCGAUUCCAUCAGCUGUUACGUGGUGGAGGGAGCCGACCUGUCGAUAGCCGACCACGCCACCGAGGGCGUACAGUACCGGCUUAAUGGUGUACGUGAAGCAGAACAGGACCAUUUGCGAAAGGGACUUAAUCGCAUUUCGAGCGAUUCGGCGUCCACUUAUGAAAUGGUGGAUGGCGGGAGCCCGCAGUCACCUGCGUCCGGUACCAGCGAUGGGCAUGGUGUGGAGGGUGAUGACGAUGACGAUGGCGAAGAUGAGGAGGAUGAGAUGUGGAGCAAUAUUGUGCGCAUAAAUAAUGCGACGGUCGCAACGGUAGCUGAACUGACAGCCGGAGGCGGAGGCGAACCAGCGGAUGAUGAAGUGAUGGUGAAUGAAAUCGAGUACGAAGUGCAGGAGGCCAGUGGGCCGGAAUGUGAACUGCUGAACCGCGAAGCGGCGGACGGUAUGGCCGGCACGAGCAGCGGUGAGUUAUUGCAGCGAAAACGAUUCGAUCUUGCGCGCUCGUCCACCAAGGAAGAGAAACAGCGCCACAACGAGGAAAUAGUGAUCAUGAAAUCGAACUCGCUCUCCUCUGACACGACCACUGCGACUAAUUCGUGGGAACCGGUCAAUGGAGACGGUUGCAGUGCUGUGGGCACUGAGCCAGAACAGGUCGAUGCAGAAGACGAUCCGCAGAAAGAAGCGCAGUUAGCACCAGCGCCAUCUUAUGGCGGUCCUUCGAAACCGUGCUUCAUAGAUGCAUCUUCACUGUUUGACGAUGAUGAGGUGGUGUAUCCAUCGUUCCAGGAAAGCUCGUGUUCCGCGCAGCAACAUCAUUGGUCUACCACUGGUGAAAGCACUGUGCAACUUGCCACAAUUCUCUGUGACGAUGAUAAGCUUCGGUCGGAGGUAAUGGUUGAGGAAAUAAUAACCAAACCCAUCGAAGUUAAGGACCAGUUUUCUGCCGGUCCGUCGAACGAUUACAUAGCGACCAAACUGAAGCUUGCCGAAGCGAGUCAUCUAACCGAUACUACUGGCAAUGAUAACGAUCGUGAGGAAGUGCUCGCGCGCCAGGAAGCCGAACGAAAGCAGGGCACAUUUCUGUUCCAAAACUCAAUCCAACAAUAUUCGGGACAUCUACUGGAUUCUAGUUUGCAAUUUGCGCCUGAGGAAACUUAUAGUGAUCUUUCGCUGCCAAGCGUAUACUCAUCGAGCAGUGAGCCAAACUACGGCGAGUAUAGCUCGCUCACGAUCAGCGAUAAUCAUCGAUAUUCACUGGGAGGUAGUAGUGCGGUAACCGAUGAAAGAGCCAGUGGACAGAUGGACAGUUUACGUGGAGGUGGGACCUGCACCAGUGGGUAUAAUUCCAGCUCUGCCGAUUAUAACAGUCGCACGCAGGCCACUAGUGACGUCGAGUCAACAUCACACUAUCCGCACACACCGUUUAAUUCGAUCGUACAUGUCACGUCGGCGGCGUCCAUACCCCAGCAGAUUGCGCUUCACCGUCAGGUACAAGAACUGAGUGAGGACACUGGUAAUGAUACAAGCCGGGCCAGUUCGGUGGAUAGAGAAUCACACUCCACACCGAUAAGAAUUCCCAAGCGGAUGCAAAAGCACGACGAAUCGGCUCCAAUUGUGUCGGGCGGUGCAUCAAUCGAAGACUUUACUCCAAAGCAAUGCGAAAGCCCAUUGGUCCGGCGACGCACCGACACUUGUCCAAUAGUGUCUGGAGGCAGCAUCAGCUUCGACGAUCCAGCUGAGGAGCGUGCCGCAACGGCGAGGCAAUUGAGCAAGAGCGGUUCGGGUAAAUCGUGGGUGGUUGAUUUGAAGAAUUGUCCCGACGAUGAGAAAUCGGCCGUGGCCGCAGCGGCGUCGAUCAAUUCUCUCGAACAUUCAGGCCAGCGAAGUCUUGGGUUUUUCGUCGAUUUGGGCAGCCUUAAGACGCCCGUAGAGGAAAAGUCGAUAACGGUGGUGAAUAGCAGACCCCGUACAGCACGCACGGAGAUGAUGAAGAAAUCGACAGGAUUCUACAUCGAUCUGUCGGAUGAUGGCAGCGAAAGUACACGCAGUGCUACUCCCAAGAUGGGGGGUUCUAAAAUUGAAACACCACCUCCAUCAGCCUCGGCACUGUCGGGUACAUCGAGAGGAGAAUCGGAAGAUAAGCAGACCGAUCGCAAGAAUAUGUUUUCGAUGUUUAUUGACUUUGGAGGAGAUAAUGCGUGUAGCAGUAAUGGUCCAAACGGUAAGCCAGCAAUGCCACGAAAGCUAUCAAUGCCAGCGUCUGUGCUGUCGGGCUCUUCAAAUGGGAAGGAUUCGGUCCGUCCCAGCAGUCUUGGACCGACGGGUGAAGAAACGGGUAAGCCUUACUACAUGUUUGUCGGUUCGGCCGAUGCUCAACCGUCUGUUAUGCGUCGUCCGAAUGGAAACGCGGCAGGUAAUGGUGCAAUUGCAGCAAGGCACGAAUCUAAACGACACUCGUGGAAUACAUCUGUCGGCGAAGGAGGAGGUCUCGCCGGAGGAUUUCACGAGCGGCGUAUCGCAACCAGUAGCGCUUAUCAGCGAUCAACGAGCGUAACAAGCGAUCGGGGUAUUAUGAAUAUUCUGGAUAAAAUUCCUCUGCUAUCGAAAACAUCCAGCAUGUCGAUUGAUUCCUCGGUAUCGCCGUUUGAAGAUUUCACUUGCUCGAAGUCGGAGCUGAGCACCUACUCGAACCACUCGAUAUCUUCCAACUCCGCUCACUCGAGCAACGAAUCGAAGGUAUCCCCGAAGGAUGUUGCCGGUCUCGAAGGCCAACCAAUGGAAGUGCCAGGCGACGGUAUGAUGGUAUCUUCAGCAAAGAAAAAGCGCAAAGAUGCAAAAAUAAACGAAACGUUCGACAAGAGCAGCCAAGGGUCGAUAACGGAUGGUAUUCUAUCUUCAAACGAGGAUGCCUCCCCGACGUCAACCACAACCGACACGGACGAUGUAACGUUCCAAAACAAUCCGGCAGAGGAAGACGCACUUCUUCUUUUGCAGCAACCCGCAAGUGUGACCGCUAAUGAAAGUCAUGAACCAAAAGAAGAAACAAUAAAGCUGUCUGCAAUUACCGCAUCCAGUAGCACCGGCAACAGCUGCACCAAACAGAUGGAAACGAUCGUUGAGACAGUUGAAUGUUCACCUCGUCAUACUGCAGCUUCGGGUCGGAAUAAACCACAGCACACGAUGGAAACGCUCCAUGCUACGAUCGAGAAACAGAAGCAGCUGCUCGAAACCGUUUCCGAGAAUGUCGAAUCGCACGCGUCAACCACAACGUCUUCCUUUGUGAAGCUGUCCGAUAUGGAUAAGCCACCGACGACGGCAAGUCAGUUCAUCACGACCAAGUUUGAGCUUCAUUCGAGCAGCGGUGGUGGAGGUGGUAAUAGCGGCGGGGGUGGUGCUGCUGGAAGUAACAUGUCCAAUUCGGCCGGUUCCAGUCGAGUAGCACGGCUGUUCGAAUGUCAAAAGUACAACACGAUCGGGUCGGCAAUCGGAGCUAGCAACCAAGCGAUGAGACAGCAGCAGCAGAAGGCAUCGAACUACUAUCACUCGAACGGUGGUGUAACGUCGAUGGAGCGACACUCGUGGAAUAUGUCUCGCUCCACUGGCAACAAUUUUGUGAGCCUCAUCUCUUCUUCGGUGGAAAAUUCCCGUUCGCUUAGCAGGUUGUUUCCGCACCUGUCGAAAGCUUUCAGCAGCAGUCUUCCGUCGGACGUGGGUAUGAAUGGAAUGGGUCGUACCGGUCAGGAUGGUAGCGAGAUGAUGCAUUCGGAUUUUUCCUGUACUUCAAGCAUCACUUCAAGCCGAUCCGGCAUUGAAUCAAUCGAUGAGUCAAUCUCCAGCCGUCAACCGCGCCGCCUAGGUGAGGAUCUGUUGAAGAUGUUCCUUCAGGAGAUUGCCACCGAUGUGACGAUCGAAGUCGAGACGAAGAAGAUGCGUGCCCAUAAGUGCAUACUGCGAUCGCGUUGCCAGUACUUUGCGGCAAUUCUCGCUGGGAGUUGGGUGCAGAAUGCGGGCAAUGUGAUCACACUGCCCGGCUACUCUUACGCGGCGGUGCACUUUGCGUUGUGCCACAUCUACUCUGGUGCCUCCCAUCCACCGGAAGGCAUCAGUCUGAUGGAGCUGGCCGCACUUUCCGAUCUUCUUGGUCUCGAAGGGUUAAAGGAGGUAACGGCGUAUGCACUGAAAACGAACUACUGUCACAAUUUCCACAAGCCCUGCGUCGGUUGCACGGACGGUGUGUUACAAGUGCUGCCGGUUACUUUGAAUCACGGUCUUGACGACUUGUAUCGCAAGUGUUUGAAGUGGGUCUGUCGGCACUAUGUGAAGAUCUGGUCACAAAAGCAAUUCUCGCAGCUCCCUCUGGACGUCGUGCAUCGCUGCAAGCAGCAAAUCGUGGCCCAUCUCAACUCCGAAAGUGUUCUUACGACGAUUCUGGACAGCGAACAGCUGUUAACGCUACUGCACCCGUACAAGUGGUCUGUCGAGGUGGAAAACGUAGUGCGCGAUAUACUGGACACAGCGUACGAUUACAUUGCGGAUCACUUUGCUUCCUUGCUUGCCAGUGACAGUUUCCUUUCGCUUGGGCAAAAUUACCGCUGGGCCAUUCCUCAUCUGGAGCCCAUUUUAUUGCCCGCCGCGAACAAUCUCAGCCCCGAUCAGGCAUGCAAGAGCUACCCACGGGCAACGCGGCUACAGAAGUUACUACAGGCAAAGGUGCUAACCAUGACGACAACGACCACUACUUCUACGCCGAUGUCGUCGAGUGAUAAUACGAACGUGGUAAACAUUUACGAGAAGCAAACGAAAGCAAGCGAAGGUGCCAGCCGCAAAGAAGUGGAUUACAAUCUGCAAGAGGAAGAAAUGGAUUGGUGCGAUGAGUUUGUGGGAAUGGUGAACGCCAUCCUGUCCGCCGUGGAGCAAUGCUUGAUUCGCCAAUGUGCCCGAGCCAUGCGUGUUAGUUCCUGGCAGCGAAUGGACGUAGAAUUACGCAACAAGAUCCAAAAGCUGGCCUGCCUAAUGGAAACGGCGGAUGAACGAAAAUCUCGAGCACGCUAUUCUUACUCUUCGCAAACGUCCUCCUCGUCGUCAGUUCAUUCGCGCUCGAAUGAUAUGCGUCAGGUGCGGUUGGCUAUACAAGCGCACACCAAGCGCUCUAUGGAGAAUGGCCAACCGAAUCAUAACCAACCCAAUAACAAUAGAACACAGCAAACACAAACGAUGAAUACGCAUCAGAACGAGUUAAAUGCUGCUUUGUUGAAUUCGCAUAAGCUUGCAAAGCAUUACGCAACUCACGAAGCAUCAAUGGCGAUGCCGGUCAUAGAGCGCGAACGAAUGAAGCAUCAACAAGCUAACCAUGCACUGGAAAAUGGACGUAUUUCGAAAACUUCCUCGAAGAGUCACGUUCCGGAGGGGGGAAAGAAGCCGUCCGCUUCGCUCACAAACGGACGUCAAGCGGCCCAUGGCAUACGGAUGGGAGUACUUUCCAAAACAUCAAACCCAACCCAGCCGAUCUCUCACAAACGAUCACAAUCGGAGGAUCAUGCAAAUCUUAAACCUGUACCUACGAGCAAGCCAGAUCCGUUGAAUAAUUUACGUACCAAGCUGAGCAACGUUAAACCACGGUAUCUCGAACCAAAGAAACCAAAAAAUGCGGCCAACUUACACGCGCAGAACAACAUUUCCUCCAGUGGAAGUUCUACCAGAACGUCCAGUCCGGCGAUGGGCACUCGCAAGAUGACGUCAAAACUGCAGCAGCAGAAUCACGGCCACGAAUCUAACCUUUCGCUCGAUAGCCUGUCGUCUCCGGCAAAGUUGAAGAAUGCAAACGCAGCGACCAAACCACCCCGCGCGGUCAUUGGUGAAAUGGAUGUCUCGAUCGACUCGCUGGCAGAGUCGAUAAAAUCACACUCGAUCAAAACGAGCAACACCUUGUCCCACGAAUCACUUAUCUACCAAGAGUACUUUAAGCCGAAAGUUAUUAAUGCUAUCGAUCAGCAACCACCCGCCAAGAAUGGACUCCUGAAGGAUAAAGAUCAUCAUCGUGAAAAGCGUCCAAACAGUGGAAAGUCAGCAAGUACCGUUGUCACACGCAUGGUUGCCGGUGGUAUUAAAACGAAUCAUUCUUCCUCAUCAAUUCCUUCGGGAAUCAGCAUGCGCUCGAAUGGCAUAAAUCGUACAGCAUCCUCGGCAAGUGUCGGUUCGAACGGCGGAUCGGGACUGGUGAAGCGUAGCUUUCUUUCACAACGGUCCCGUGAAAUUUUGGCACGCCGCACUCAUGAACCAAAGUCGAACUCUACGAAUUCGAGCAAUAAAUCAGCCGCUUCCUCGCCCAGUUUACUGCUGACGCGCGAUAAGUCAUCCGGUAGUGAUAUCGCGAAAUCUGGUUCAUCCGCUUCGCUCACAACGCCGAGCUCCGGCAGCAGGAAGGUGUUCAACACAACGCUGCAUCUGCGACGUACGGCGAAAUUACCUGAAGGUACAGGCAACAACCGUACCUCUAACGUAAGUCAGGAGCGUAAAGCGGAUAAAAAUACGCCGAAGGGAGCUCACACUACUGGAGGAACGACAAAUCGCACGAAGGGACCUUCGGGGGACAGUAGAAUCUCAGUGAAGGGAAUUGUGAUGGAAAACAAUUGUGCCCUUGUGCCGGAGGCAGGUGAUGAUGGAACAGCUGUACCGGUGAUCAUUGAGCGCAUUGAAUCAAAAUUGGAGCGUUCGAAUACAUUUUCGAUAGAUGCCUCGGAUAAUCCGUUGGCACUUCAGAUGUUAGAGUAA